CGCCUACCUCGCGACACUCAGUAUUCACCUGCUAACUAGAGGAAAAACUACGUGCCCCUUAACUGUAGAGCAUUACAAGCCAAUUCCAUGGCGUCCUCUGCUGCUGUGCCUGUAGGAUUUCACUAUGAAACAGAGUAUGUUGUUCUCAGCUACCUGGGGCUGCUGUCACAGGAGAAGCCACAAGAGCAACAUCGUCCCUCAGUUCAAGGGACCCAACCGACAGUAGCAUUACAAGCUUUGGAGAAAGAGAUGCUAGAGAAGAUUAAGACAGAAAUUGAGGAGAAGCUAAAACACCUUGAUGAAGAUAUUUUGGAAGCCUUCUCCAGCACAGGGUUUGACUGCCACACUUCCCCUGUAUUCAGUCCUGCUAAUCCAGAGAGCUCAAUUGAGGAUUGUCUAGCUCAUCUUGGAGAGAAAGUGUCCCAGGAAUUGAAGGAACCUCUACACAAAGCACUGCAGAGUCUGCUCAGCAAACCAGUGACUUACCAGGAAUACCGAGAACGUACUCAGGAGGCAGCUGCUCAUGCCAGUGGAUGGAGCAAGGUCUUGGUGCCUCUGGUUUUGCUGCAGCAGUUCCUGAUGGAGUUGACAAACCGGGGCCAGGAGCCGCUCAGCGCACUUGUGCACUUUGGAGUGACAUAUCUAGAAGAUUAUUCUGCAGACUAUAUAAUCCAACAAGGCGGAUGGGGGACUGUCUUUAGUUUGGACUCUGAAGAGGAAGAAUACCCUGGGAUUGUAGCGGAGGACAGCAAUGACAUCUACAUCCUAACCAGUGACAACUCUGGUCAGGUGAGCCCCCCAGAGUCUCCCACAGUAACUACAUCUUGGCAGUCAGAGAGCCUGCCUGUCUCCUUGUCAGCUAGCCAGAGCUGGCACACAGAGAGCUUGCCAGUAUCCCUUGGACCUGAGUCCUGGCAGCAAGUAGCUAUGGAUCCUGAAGAAGUCAAGAGCUUGGACAGCAAUGGAGGUGGUGAAGAAAGGAGUGAGAAUAACUCUUCCAACUCUGACAUAGUACAUGUGGAGAAGGAGGAGAUACCGGAGGGGAUUGAGGAGGCAGUGGUGUCGGCUGUGGAGACUGAGACUGCUCAGGAGGUCUUCCCAGAAACCCCUGUGUCUUUGCUGGAGGUAGAGCCUGAAGCUGUAAUUUCUGCUAUUGAAAAAGCAAGACCCAUGGCACCUUUGCUUGCGAAACACAAGGAAGAGGGGAAAGUAGCUGAGGCACCUGUUGAACCUGAAAUCCCUGUGUUGAGUAAAUCUGCCCAGAAACCAGUGUUGUCAGAAGAAAAGGCUGCUCCAGAACCUGAGAAAAUACUGCCUCCAGGAGAGGAAACAAAAGUGGGAAAGGAGGGCCGCUUGGAAGAAAUGGAAGAGAAAUCUGCCACUGCAGAGGAGAAACCCAUCCUGUUGCCAGAAGGCAAAUCUAUACUGCUGUAUGGAGGGGCCGCUGCAGUGGCCAUCCUGGCUGUGGCAGUGGGAGUAGCACUGGCACUGAGGAGAAAGUAGCAGGGCUUCGAGAUGGAGGCGGGGAGGGAGCAGGAUCCAAUUUCUCUAAAGGCUGAGCUGCCUGCUGUUAAUUGAACAUUCAUGUAACUUAAAUGGUGAUGGGGUGAGGGUAUUCAAUGUGCCCAAGGCUAUGGACAAUCAUGUUUUUAGUGGAAUUGAGUGGGGACUGUUUUUUCCCCCCCAGAAUUAAAGUACAGGGGUAUUUAAAAAAAAAAAAAAAAUCUGUAAAUUUAAGAAUUGUAAGUGCGGGUGCUGAAGAAAGGGGGUGCUUGUGUAUUGAAACUGGAAGAGAGAAUUCCUGGGGAGGAGAGCCAGCUGCUGCUAGCCCCUGGGAUUUUUAGUUUGCGACUGACCCGCUGUUGCAGUUACGCUGUCCUGUCACUUCCUUUCGCACCUCCCGAAAAACAAAAUGAAACGACACCUUAUUCCUGUAGCGCGAGGCUGGUCUCCCUUAGGUCUCAGCUUCCUCUCAGGUACUGCACUUCUCCUUAUAACCUCCUAGGUUCCUUCUCAACCCCAGUGGGAGAGUGCUUCUUCUAUACCUCUUUGAUCACACUUAUUUAGCCCCAGAUACUUCCUGAAGCCCCAUCUUGUACAGAUGCUGCCUCUCUAUCUGUAUUAUCUCUGACCUCUGAUGUUGUCUGGAGAGAGGUGCAGAAGAGUCCCUCUGUGUUGCCAGCAGAGCAGUGGGGUAGGUGUGCUAUAACCGUUUGUUGGUCUGAGAACACCUCUGCUUCCCCGGCCCACUUUACUGACACAGUUCAUUUACCACAGACAUGGCUCUUGUGGGAGUCACUCUGCCAUUUGACAAUGAUUUUGAUACAAGCGCUCAUUCAGGUAGAGUAUAACAACCUUAUAAUUGCAUGAAGAAACCUGAGCAGGAGGUUGAGGCUUGCCAGCUGAUGCACUCGGUGAAGCUGAAAGGUUAAAUGGCUACUUUUGUCCUUAUCUUGUGCCCUAGCUUACUGUUGUCUUUCACAGGGUAAGUACAGAGGAUGUUUAUAGCCUUCACUCAGCCUUGCUUGUCACAAACAGAGAGAAUCUGAGUUGUUCCAGGUAUAACUAAGGCAAACAGCAGUGAGCCUUUCAUUUCUGGCCUUGGCUCCUGGGCCUAGGGGGAGCCAGCACAGUGCAGUCUCAUUAUGCAGCUUGUGGACAAGACAGAAAGAAUCAAUAAAUGUAGCUGAUAGGUGAAAAUAGUGACAGUGCAGUUACUUUGGAAUAAAAUAACCUAGCCCGCUGGUCACAAACGUCGUUUGUGAAUGGUGAAGUCUAUACUGCAGCUUUACAGAUGUAGUCUCAGAGUCCCCAGGUAAAUCUACUGCCUUCUUUUGGAAAUUUAUCCUGGCUCUGUGGCUUAGACAGGUGAAGGGAAACAUGAGAAAGUAAAAACAAAGCCUCAUGCAAGCUAAAGUGUUUUUUUUAAAGCCUAAAAAAUGUUAUUUCUAAUGGCCUUGAUUGCUGUCUUUGAUGCAAUACACCUGUUUCUGUUUCUUACAAAUAAGUGGGCUGAGAAUGAAGAGAACAUCAUACAUUUCUUAUUUUAUUUCAUGUUUUCAAAUGAAAUUAAUUCAUAUCCCUUUUCCUUUCCACCCCUUUAGGGCUCCUAAUGCUGGCAGUCCACAGGAACCCAGCAGAGUUCAGGGAUUUUGCGCUCUAAACUUGUGCUAGGGUGACUUCUCUCGAGAGGGCUCCAGGGGUUGGAGGGAAGUUCUAUGUUAGGGAAACUUUUUAGAGGGAGAGAAUCUGGUGGGAAAGGGAUUGUACAACUGGUGCCAUUGCUGUGGAGGGGGCCUGCUUAGCUCAGGAAUUUUGCACUCUUUCUGCUGAUUAUUAUGGUCUAUAAGCUGGACUGCUUUUACCCCAUGCACAAGUGGUGAUAAGCUGGCCUUAGAAAUAUUUUUGCUGUGUUGUAAAAUUAACUUAGUUCUUCCUCCUUCCCUUAUCUUGCCACAUCCUGGUGAGAUCCUCAUUGCUGUGAGUGUGCAGAAUUGUCAUAGUAUGUUCUUCCCUGUCUUCUCUGUUUUUUCGUGGUACAAAUGCAGCAAAAUGGCACUGGCUGUAUUCUUGCCGUAGUUGCCUCUUCCGCUUUUCCCUGUAGACCAGUCUGGUAAAGGUUUCAGUAUUCCUUUUGUCACAGAUGUGAGAGUGGUUUUCAAUUUGUCUUCGUUUAACUGAACUAAAAUUAAGAACUUUUAAAAUGAUGACAGGAGAGUUGUCAUUUGGGGUAGUCUGUGCCCUAGCCAGAGUGGGGAUUUGCUGUUCAGUGUCUAGUUUGGCUUGUGUAUCAAGGGGUGUUUUACUUGUGGGGUGGGCUCAGUACUCUGCCAACACCAGGGGAAUUGGAUCUGUUCUUACAUCUGGGCUGGUGACUCCUGCUCUCUCUGGGGAUGAUGUUCCUUGGGUGGGAAAGCUCCCCUGUCCUUAUUCACGCAGUGGGUCCUACCACUGUGUGGUUUGCUUCUGACCGCAUUCUGAGUAUUUGUGUGGAAAUUAUGAAAUGUCUUUUUAUCUCAUCCUUUACUCAUCAGUCCAGUAAUAGGGGAACAGGACACAGGUUAGUGAUGGGGGGACAAAAAGUAGAGAGUAUUUCCUUUCAGGCCAGAAAAAAAUCCUUAUCAUGGUGAUACUCCUCUUGAUGCAAGAGUCAGACAGGGCUGUGAAAGUGGAACAAAAUGUCUUUUAUCACAGUCACACAGAUUACUCCUCCUUUUUGGUUUUAGCUGUGAAGAUUGUUCUCCAUCUUAAGCUCUUAUUGGUAAAUGACAGUU